UGGGGCCGAACCCAUGCAACGCGCGCACUGUGCACUCACUAUCUGGUCAAUAAGGGCCACGGUUCCGGCCCCUCCGUCAGUUCAUUCAAAGCCGCCCAUUGGUAAAGAACUCGCAUAGUUCACCCAAGCAACCGGGCCUUUCAAGAACUAGUGAUGCCGGAAGCUUCAUAACAAGUCCAACGAUAUCCAGCAGUAUAUAUAAGAAGCAAGUCCAUGAUCUCUAUUCGUCGCUGUGCAGCAUGGAGAUUGAAGUGGCCCGAGGGAACGCCAAAGACAUUGACUAGGAGUUGCUCGCUGCAUUCAGCUGCGGACAGUCUUUCAUUUAUAACCCGAGAUGAGCUUGCCAUGAAAGUGACAGAUCCAGCACAGCGUUGUGGUCUAGAUUAUUUGAUUGUGGAUGUUCGGGAGCCUUGGGAUUACUCACGCCUCCAUAUUCGUUCUGCUGUUAACAUACCUUCCCCGCUGAUGCUGACGAUGCCUGCGGAUGCUUUGCUGGAUCGAUUGGCAGCCGCUGCUGUGCGAGCGUCUGGUCAACAGCUUGAUCUUACUGCACUUCCGGGACAAUUGAUCUUUCACUGCACGGUGUCAUUAGUCCGUGGCCCGACCGCGGCAGUGAGACUCAUUGAGAUCUUGCGGACAACAAGGUCGAUCAAGGAUAAACCUGAGAUUUCUGUGCUUGACGGGGGAUUCAAGUCGUGGGCUAAAGCGUAUGCAAAUGACCGCAAGCUGGUGGAAGGUUCAGAUGCACCAUCUGGGUAACUGAAAGAGCCUUGACGCCAACAGACGAGGUGGUCCGAUUUGGACAUAAGCACCUGCUAAAGGCUUUUAAGUGUCGAAUCUCAUGUGUUUUGCCCCAAUCCCAAUUUGCGAUUGUCAACCGAUUUUCAUGGUGUGACGACCACUGUGAUGAUGGCUGGACGGUGAUCUUCAAGAAGACAAUGUUAAACAUUCGGCAGCGUCUAACAUUGAAUUGCUGCCUGCAAAAUAGUGUUUGCAAACGUCAGGAAAUAUAUGCACAAUCUGUAACAUCUAAAUUCAGCCAACAGUUUAGCCAACAAGUGGCAUCUUGAAAAUCUUAUAAUAUAUUACACUCAUGUUGAUCAAUCA